GUUGCCCACCGACAUCAAGGGCAAGCGCAGCCUCCGUUCCCGCCAAUGCCGCUUGGGCCCGGUCACCAGGCCUCGAAUUAUCUCUUGGCUACUGGCCCCGUCCCCAUGCCAACUGCCACCCCUUCUCCAGGGGAUCGUGAAGAAGCCAUUCGAGAGGCUUGCAAGGCGCAUGACAUUGGCAAAGCAGCUUUGAUCAUUUCGAAACUUCCGGAUGAUGAAGGGCUGCAGAUCUUGCCCAACGUGCUGGAAGAGCUCUGUCAGGGGCUGGUUGACGUAGCAGAGGCCGAUGGCGAGGAGGGAAGAUUGAGAAACGUGAAUGCGGAGAACCUCGCAGAGCUUGCCCACCAAAUGGGAAGGAUUCCUGUCCCAGCUGGUCAGCAAAUCUUCGUUUCGAAAAUUAUGCAGAUUGUUGCGGACAAGGCCAAGUACAGGACGGAAGAGAUGCAGCCUCGCUAUCUUGCUCGCAUGGUCUGGGGAUAUGCAGGGGCCGGUUCCCGAAAUGACUCCCUUAUGUCGGUCGUGGCUGCGGCAGUCGUGAACAAGAGCAGAGGCUUCAGCCAUGAGGAGCUUGCCAACACGGCAUGGGCGUUUGCGAAGUGCGGGCUGUGGAAUGCGCAACUGGCGCAGUGCCUUCAACGUGAGUGCAUGGAAAAGAUUGACACCUUCAGCACCCAGAGCCUGGCGAGCAUCUCUUGGGCAAUGGCCCAGUGGGGCACCCGGGAGGAGCCGCUCCUGCGGGCGAUUGCACAAGCACUCCACAGGCAGAAAGCGCACUUCGAGCCAGCUCAAAUGUCCAUGGUCUCGUGGGCAUUUUCGACGCUGAGCUUCAAGUAUGAUCCGCUGAUGAAUGCGAUCAUGUACGAAUCGAUCGAACAGAUCAGCCAAUUUUCUAAUUCUGAGUUGGCACACCUUGCGUGGGCUUUUGCGAAUCUGAGAGUCCAGGACAGGGGCCUUCACUUGGCCAUUUCCCAGCAAGUGCAGAGGAAUUCGGCCAGCAUGGAGCCUCCGGAGAUUGCCAACAUAGCGUGGGCCUUUGCCAAGAACCAGAUGGGAAGUGACUCAGUGAUGAGGAUCAUUGCGGAGCAGGCAGAGCCACAGAUUGGCAGCUUCAAGGCAGCAGAGAUCACUAUGCUGACUUGGGCCUUUGCCGUUUCCGGGCAGCAACAUGUUGGCUUGAUGUCUGAAAUUGGCUCGAAGGUUGCCAAGCGGGCUGAAAAGUUUUCCCCCGCGCAGUUGGCCCAUGUGACAUGGGCCUUUGGGGCACUUGCGAUGAGGCAGCAAGAUCUUUGUGAGAGGGUGGCCAUGUGUUUCGAGCACAACAAGGACAGCUUCACUGCGCAAGGCUUGGUGCAGAUUGUUUGGGGUUUUGCCAUGGUGCAGUACAGGGACAAAGCCUUCAUGGACCUAGCUGCGCCUUACAUCAUUCGGGGCAUUCACGACCUGAAGCCUUUGGCCCUUUGGCGCUGUGCUUGGGCGUACAACACUCUUCUGGUCAGCCAUGCAGAACUCCGAAAGGCCGUGUUGGCCGCCGCGGCGAGAAGGGUCAACGAGUUUUCCCUGAAGGGCCUGGCGCGGCUCGUGGAGAGCUACAUGAUUGGUCACAGAACGCCCAACCAAGAAGGGUUGGAGCUGCACCUGAAGGAACGGCUAUCCAUGGCCGUUCAGGGUUUUAAUCGACUGUUUCCGGAUUUCGCAUCACUCAGCGAAAUCAAUGAUGAGGCAUUGCCGCCGCUGCAACACGUUGGCAUGGCCGACUUGCGCGUCUUUGCCACCAAGUCCAUCCUCGAAGAGCUUGGAUUCUCAUCGCCGAACUGGGGCUUUGUUUCGCGUUGCCUGAAGGAGGUUCACAGACGACGCCUGACCGAUUGCGUGGCCUUCGAGGUCAAGGUUGAUAGCGCGUUGCAGCAGGCUGAGCUGAAUGAGUUCCACGUUCGAGCGUUUGGCGAGGGGAUGGUGGAUGAUGACGUUCUGGAGGCCACGAGCACGUUCGUAGCGGAUGUUUUCGGCAGCACUCCAGCAAGCGAGGCAGUUCUGCAUGCCUUGGCGGAAGUCUGCGCGAGCAUCUACAGAACCCUCCUUGUACAUCAUCAGUCGGAAGCUGACUGUCAGGCUGUGCGUGGAAAUCUGCGGAUGUUCCUGUCGCAGGUCCCUUCAUUCAGCAGCAUUGCGCUGUUGGUGCAGCUUCGGACCAGAUUCCCGAACGUCAAAAUUGAGUUCGUGGAGAUGCAGAUGACACCUCCAAAGAGUGCUCUGAAGUGUGUGGGCAUGGAGAGCCAGUAG